CCGAGCCUACUCGCCACUUGGCCAAAUUUCCCCCUAGUUUGUGGGGGUGAUAGAUUCACUUCAUUCACUUUAGAUAAACAGCUAUGGAACAAGUAUGGUAAUGAGAUUGAAGUGUUGAAAGAACAAGUGAGGAGCAUGGUGGUAGCUGGUGGACGUAAAGCAGCAGAACAAAUGAAUUUGAUCAACGUGCUCGAACGCCUUGGUGUUUCGUAUCACUUCGAGAAAGAGAUUGAAGAGCAAUUGGAGCAAUUGUUUGCUAAUUUUGAAGACAAUGAGGACUAUGAUUUGUUCACCAUUGCACUACACUUUGGCAUAUUCAGACAACAUGGCUAUAAAAUGUCAUGUGAUGUGUUCAACAAAUUCAGAGAUAGUAAUGGUGAAUUCAAGGAAACAGUGAGCAACGAUGUAAAGGGUAUGUUAAGCUUAUAUGAAGCUACAUAUAUGAAGAUCCGUGGAGAAGGUUUUCUAGAUGAGGCUCAUGCCUUCACAAUAGCCCAACUUGAGUCUCUGGUGGGAGGACCACAUUUAAGCUCUGAUCUUUCUGAACAAGUGAUGCAUGCCCUCAAGCAGUCAAUCCACAGGGGAUUUCCAAGACUAGAGGCAAAGCAUUUCAUCACUUUUUAUGAAAAAGAUGCUACUAGGAAUGAAACUCUAUUAAUGUAUCUCUCUUGUGCGUUGAAAAAUCUAGAAAUCCCCUAG